AGAGCGAUAGUAUAAAUACACGAUGGACGAAGCUUUAACCACACCAUCUACAUUUCAAUUAAAUUUUUCUAAACAAAUAUACUGCGUUGAAUUAUCUCCUUACGAAUGGUCUCAGCAUUUAAUUUGUGUUGCUUUGGCCGAAGAAAUUGUUAUCGGCACUAUUAAAUUUCAGGAUGAAGAUGAAGCAGUGGAAGAUAUUGCUUACAAACCCUUCAGAACAUUUCGUCAUGAUACUAGACCACACACGAUUGCUUGGAGUCCAGAAACCUCUUUGAGUGUUGUACCAAAAGUUUUGAUGUUUUGUGUUGCUGGAGCAGAUUUUAAAAUAAGAUUAUAUAGCAGUGACAUGAAUGAAAAUACUGUGUGUGAAAUGGAAGGACACAAGGAUUAUAUAAAUUCAAUUUGUUAUGAAACUGAAGGUGAAAUAUUGGCUUCUGUGUCUGAUGAUCACACUUGUAAACUUUGGGCUAUAAAAGAAGAUGAGAAAUGUAUAUCUACAUUUUACUUAACAUCUCCAGGAAUGAGUGUACGUUUUCAUCUUGAAAAAUCUGGCAAGCUUCUUGUUGGUGAAAAAAAUGGAUUGAUUCACAUGUACGAUGUACGAAGUCAGCAAGCAAUUAUGUCUUUAGAUACGAAUAUUGUUCCCUUAAUGUCAAUUGACUGGGGACCCAAUCCAUUAAAAGUUGCAGCCAUAGCAGCUGGAAAGUUAAUUUUAUGGGAUAUAUCUAAACCUAGUCCACCUCUAGAAUCAAAACCUCUUCAUAUUGAAGGAGGUUUAAUGGUGAAAUUUUUUCCUGCCUAUGAAAAUUUUGUGGCAAGUGUAGGCAGACCAGAUAAUUUAUUAAAAGUUACAAAUAUAAGAUCUGAACAAGAAAUAAUUUGUGGCCAAGUUAAAUUAAUAGGUGGGAUAACUUGUCAUUAUAAAUUACCGUACGUUUGUGCAACGAGUGAUAGAGAACUUCGGUUUUGGAAAAUAACUUCGAAUUAAGAAACAAAAAUAUUUUAUUAUAAAAAAAUAUCAUCGUUAUUUUAUUAACAAAAAGAUGAUUUAUA